UCGCCUCAGUCCCUCACGGUCUCACCACACAACUUAUAUUACAAACUCCCCUCUUUCUCUCUCUCUCUCCUCCUUCCUCCCUCCAACAACAAUGCUCCCUUAACACACUCCUUCAAACCCAAAAACCCACCUUCAACUUCUCUCUCUUACUUUCUCUCUCCAAAAAAAAAAAAAAAAACAGUAAAAAAAAAUCACAAAAAUGGAAAAUUACCCUUCAUACUCCUACCCAGAUUCCGGCGACUCCUCCCCUCGUUCCCGUGAAAUCGACUUCGAAAACCCUCCUCCUUCCUGGGAAGAACAACAAAAUCAACCUCCACAAGUUAACUCCAAGGUUAAAUUCAUGGUUAGUUACAACGGUAAAAUCCAACCUCGUACUCAUGAUAAUAUCCUCUCAUACGUUGGUGGUGAAACUAAAAUCCUUUCUGUUGAUCGUUCUAUUAAAUUCUCAUCACUUUUAUCUAAACUAUCAUCAUCUAUUUUAUCUCAUGAUUCUUUCAAUAACGACGCUAUUUCUGGGUUUACUUUUAAGUAUCAACUCCCAGGUGAAGAACUUGACGCUCUUAUUUCCGUCACUAAUGAUGAUGAUUUAGAAAACAUGAUGCAUGAAUAUGAUCGUCUUUAUCGUGCUUCAUCUAAACCGGCUAGGUUACGUGUUUUUUUAUUCCCGGUUCAUAAAUCCGGUUCAUUUGGUUCUACUUCUUCUGAUAAUAAUAAUAUUAAUAAUAAAAUUGAGCGUGAUUCUGAUCGAGAUCGGUUCGUUGAAGCACUUAAUUCUGUACCUCCGGUUCAUGCUCCACCUACCAAUACUAAUAACAACAAUCAUGUUGAUUUUUUGUUUGGUUUGGAUAAAGGAGUUCCGGUUCAGGUUCCGGUUCAAGUUCCCGAUCCACAAAUUGAUGCUCGGAUCCAGGAGUUGAACCGGAUGCAGAUCUCUGAUCAGAAUAAUGUUUUCGUCGGAGCUCCGGCGAAUAUUCCGGCGUCUGUGCAAAUUCCGGCGAAUUAUUGGCAACCUCCUCCACCACAACCGAUGAACAUCGAACAACAACAACAACAACAGAUGCCACCUCAGCAUCUUCCUCAACAAUUUCAACAUCAUCAACCACCACCACCGCAACAACAACAACAACCGCAGCAACAACAACAACAACAACCGCAGCAACAACAGCAACCGCAGCAACAACAACCGGUGUAUAUGGUACACGCGCCGCCAGUACAAGGGAACAUGUACCACGCGCCGAUGAUGAGACCGGGACAAGGAUAUUACCAGAUGCAAAGAGUGCAAGGAGAACAACAGGUUUACCGGGAACAGCCGGUGUAUGGGAAGAUAGGAGGGUAUUCGGAAGGGAUGGGAGUACCGGUUAGACAGGUUGCCGGUAUGGCGGCGGAGAAUAAUAAUAAUAAUGGUGGGGGAGGGUAUGCGCAGAUGGCGUAUGAUAGUGGGAAUGGGAGACAGGUGUACUAUGGUGCGCCGCCAACAGGAAAUGCAGGAGUUGUAACGACACCGUUUCAAGGAGUAGCGGUUGGUGGAAGCGGUGAGAUGAGAGUUCCAAGUGGUGCUGUUGACCCUACUAAGGUUGUUCAGAAAGUUGCGCCUACUUCUACUCCUGUGUGAUUUUUUUUUAUUUUUUUUUUCUAGAAAAAAAAGUCAUAUUAUUAUAUUAUUGUUAUUAUAGAUAUGAGUUGUAUUAUUAUUUUUUUGGUUUUUAUUUAUUUUCAUUAAUAAUUUGAUACUCUUAAGUAGUAAUUAUUGUUCAUUACUUUAAUAUUGUUAUUUCUAUGGUGUUUUAUGAAGUGAAGUAUGUAAGACUAGGUUUUAUUUGUGUUUCU